GCUCACUUUCUGUUCCUCCACACGUGGUGUUUUUAUUCAAAAAGUUUUAUCCAUUUUCCUCGUAAUUCUACCGAAAAAUAUUAAAAGAAAUCAAACAAAAUGCAAACUGACGAUGUUGUUUGGAGCAUCAUCAACAGAACUUUUUGUUCACACAAAGUCAAAACUGACACUCGUACAUUCUGUCGCCAUGAAUACAAUUUAACUGGUCUCUGUACGAGAAGAACCUGUCCACUAGCCAACAGUCAAUAUGCCACAGUUCGCGAAGAAAAAGGUAUCAUUUAUUUGUUCAUUAAAACCGCCGAACGUUCCCACACGCCCAACAAACUCUGGGAACGUAUUAAGCUAUCGCGUAAUUUUGAAAAAGCCAUUCAACAGAUCAAUGAAAAUCUGGUCUUUUGGCCGAAAUACAUGAUUGCCAAGAACAAACAACGUUUUGUUAAAAUCACUCAGUAUUUGAUACGAAUGAGAAAGUUGAAGUUGCGCCGGCAAAAACUUAUUGUUCCACUGUCAACGAAGAUUGAACGUCGGGAGGCGCGUAGAGAACAAAAGGCUCUUAUUGCUGCCAAGAUUGACAAUCAUAUUGAGAAGGAAUUGCUGGAACGUUUGAAGAAGGGAACGUAUCAGGAUAUUUACAAUUUCCCACAGACAGCAUUUAAUAAGGCUUUGCAAGCUGAAGAUGUGGAUGAUGAGGAGGAAGUUGAGGAGGAGCAAGAAAUUGAAAAAGAAAUGGAAUUGGAUGAUGAUGUGGUGAGGGAGUUGAAUAUGGAUGAAGAGUUUGUUGAAGCUGAUUCGGACGAUGAGGAAGAUGAUGAAGAUGACGACGAUGAUGUUGAAGAUGUUGAUAGUGAUUCAGGCAAAAAGGAAGAGGUUGAGUUGGAUAGUGACUUCGAAUCGUCAGAUGGAUCUGAUAUUGAGGAUAACGGUGUUGGUGCAUUUGUGAAAAGACCAAAGGAUAUCAGUGACAAAAAUGUUAAAUCAAGAAAAGAUUCUGCAACAACAACAACAAAAGCAACAAAAUCUACUCCAGCAUCAACAUCAACUUCAGCAACAGCUAGCGAUAGUAGAAAAAUCAUUAAGGGCAAGCGACGACUUAAGAAACCAAAAGUGGAAAUCGAAUAUGAAAUGGAAGCUGAUGCCCCGACACGGGAAAGGAUACAUAAGUGAGAUGCCAAAUGAGCAUGUCACUGCCCUGCGUUGCCUUCUCAAUGCUCCCUUUCGUGAUAUAAAUACACCGGCCAUCACAGAUCGUGUGGCUCCAGUUCGAGAUGUGGUGUUCCUU